AUGUCUCAUGUCACAGACAUGAAAGUUCUUUUCACCAGAUUAUUUUCUAUUAAAAAUGGGUUUAAUAACAUAAGAUGGGGAACUAGACAAUUUAGUCAAGAUUCAGGAAAAUCAGUACAAACUCUCCCACCUUUGUCAGAGCCUAUGCCAAACCUAUCACCUGUAAUUUACUCUUCUGCUAAAUCUGAAGAUUCAAUCACAGAAGUUACCGUGCUGAGUAAUGGCUUGAGAGUAGCAUCUGAAAAAAAAUUUGGACAAUUUUGUACCGCAGGAGUGGUUAUUGAUUCAGGGCCAAGAUAUGAGGUAGCUUAUCCAAGUGGCAUUUGUCACUUUCUUGAAAAAUUAAGUUUUGGUGCCACUCAUAAAUAUCCAACGCGUGAUGUGAUGUUGAGGGAGUUGGAAAGGCAUGGAGGAAUUUGUGACUGCCAAGGUUCCCGCGAUACCACUGUGUAUGCUGCCAGUGCUGACUCUAAAGGUCUUGAAGCUGUUACACAGGUAUUGGCAGAGGUUACUUUGAGGCCACAGUUAUCUACUGACGAAAUUGAGGCGGCAAGACAGGCAGUUGCAUUUGAAUUAGAAACAUUGUCAAUGAGGCCAGAACAAGAAACUAUUUUAAUGGAUAUGAUUCAUGCUGCUGCUUACAAAGGAAACACUCUGGGAUUACCGAAAAUAUGUCCACAAGAAAAUGUUUAUAAGAUAGACAGAGGAAUUAUUCUAAAUUAUUUGAAGAAUCACUACACGCCUAACAGAAUGGUUGUUGCUGCAGUUGGUGUGGACCAUGAACCUUUUGUUGAGUAUGUACAAAAGUAUUUUGUUGAUAUGAAACCUAUGUGGAACUCGGAAGACAAUAAUUCCUUCACCCCUAAUGUUGAUAAGUCAAUCGCUCAGUAUACCGGUGGCAUCGAACAGGAAGAAUGUGAAAUACCACUGUACCCGGGAUCUGAUCUGCCUGAAUUGUCUCAUGUUGUUAUUGGAAUUGAAAGUUGUUCCCAUGGUGACCCAGACUUUGUAGCAACAUGUGUUUUAAACAUGAUGAUGGGCGGCGGUGGUUCCUUUUCGGCAGGCGGUCCUGGAAAGGGCAUGUACACACGCCUUUACACUAACGUACUUAAUAGAUAUCACUGGAUGUUCAACGCAACCGCGUACAAUCACGCCUACGGCGACACGGGCCUCUUUUGCGUACACUCCGCGUCACCACCUAACCGCAUUUAUGAUACCACGAUAGUUAUUGCACGGGAGCUCUCCAAUAUGGCCGGCAAAGUUGGCGAAACUGAAUUACGUAGAGCUAAAACCCAGCUUCAGUCAAUGUUACUCAUGAACUUGGAAGCGAGACCUGUUGUAUUUGAGGAUGUUGGACGACAAGUAUUAGCCACUGGCAAGAGAAAACCGCCUUCAUAUUUCAUUAAUGAGAUUGAGAAAAUCACGGCUGACGAUAUUGUACGUGUGGCAAAACGUAUGUUAAGCAAGCGUCCAUCCGUUGCUGCUCGAGGAAAACUAACGCAUUUGCCUACUUUCGAAGAAAUACAAGCCAAUAUGACACUAAACAAAAGUGAUACUUCCCCACAAGGGAGACGACUUAAUCUAUUCCGCGUUUAA